UCGAGGGAGGGGAUGGAUGGGAGAAAGGACGAUGAUUGAUGGAGAGAUGAAUGUCACACGGGUGGAGAUCUCAUUUUCCGUCUCUCUUCGAGGUGGAAACCAGCUGCUUUCACUCGGAAAAGAGUCCAUACACGGCGCAGUGGGCUCAUGCACGACCCCUUAUACUUUGGUGCUCGUGCACGCGCACGUGCAUGCGUGCAGAUGUGAAUUGGGGGUUGAAGUUGUCAUCCGGUAGAGGGCGGAGUGAGAGUGUGUGUGUGUGUGUGAGAGAGAGAGAGUGAGGAGUGGGGAAGCUGCUGCUGCUGGAGCUGCAGAGGGGCUGGAGCUGCGGAAAGGAGCGGAGCGGUCACGGGCUGCGGCGGAUGCCGGGUACCUGCAGCCUAAGAGCGGACGGGAUGAGAAGCAGGAGUCGGGGGGGGUCGUCCGGUUGACUGAACAGGAAGGCUUAUAUUAGCACGAGUCGUUUGAUUGAUUGAGUCAGGUGUCCGGUGCGCACACACACACACACAUCUACACACACACACGUCUUAAGAACAGCGGGAGAUGCAUUACGUCAUAGCCUCCCGUCGCCCUAGAUGACCGCGCGCGCAGGACGGGAUGAUGCAGGGCUGCUGGGCUAGAACCGGAGCUGAUUCCGCUGCUGCUGCUGCUGCUCACGAGCGCCUGGUGGCGGUGGCGUCUCGACCGGACGUGGAAGAAGCGGAGCCGCCGUCGCGCGGCCGCCGGCUCUGAUGGCUCCACGCGCCCCGUGCGGGAAAGAGACACAGCAGUCGCCGCGGCGCGAGAGGGAAGGGGACAGCAGGUAUCUGGGAAGUGACGUGGUACACGCGCCCCGCGAGAAAGCACAACGGUGCGCUUGUCGUGCAUUUCGCAGGAGGGCAGGAGCGGGAAGGGGAACAUGGCCGCGCAGUCGGACGGCGGCAAAGCCGGGGUCGGGUGCGGCGGCGGCGGUUUCGCCCAGCUUUACGAUGUCGAUGCCGAGGAGCCGCUGGACUCCGCCGCGAUCCACAUCUGUCAGUGCUGCCGCACCUCCGCUUGCUACUGGGGCUGCCGCUCAGCCUGCCUCGGCUCUCUGCUCGGCGGGGGCCAGCCUGCCGGAGGGGUCGGCAUCCGGGAGACUCACUGCCCGCCCCGGGAGCAGCUGUGGCUGGACUGCCUCUGGAUCAUCCUCGCCCUCCUCGUCUUCUUCUGGGACGUUGGCACGGACCUGUGCCUGGCGGUGGACUACUAUCAGAGGCAGGACUACCUCUGGUUCGGCCUCACACUCUUCUUUGUGCUGGUGCCGUCGGUGCUGGUCCAGAUACUGAGUUUCCGCUGGUUCGUUCAGGACUACACGGGCGGGGGGCUCGGGGAGGUGGAGGGGCUGACCAAGCGGGGCGCGGUGGCACUGGGGUGCUUGUAUCCCGGCAGGGACCGCCUGCAGCUGGCCACCAUCUGGCUGUGGCAGGCCACCAUACACAUCCUCCAGCUGGGACAAGUGUGGAGGUACAUCAGGACCCUGUACCUGGGCAUCAUGUCACGUCGGCAGAAGGAGCACCAGCGGCGUUGGUACUGGGCCAUGAUGUUCGAGUACGCGGACGUCAACAUGCUGCGGCUGCUUGAGACCUUCCUGGAGUCUGCACCUCAGCUGGUCCUGCAGCUCUGCAUCAUGAUCCAGGAGAACCGAGCCGAGACUCUGCAGUGCAUCUCCUCCCUGGGCUCCCUCUUGUCUCUCGCCUGGGUUCUGGCCUCCUACCACAAACUGUUGCGAGAUUCCCGUGAUGACCAGCGCAGCAUGAGCUACCGCGGGGCGCUGCUGCACCUCUUCUGGCGCCUCUUCACCAUCUCGUCCCGCGUCCUCUCGCUCGCCCUCUUCGCCUCCCUCUUCCACAUCUACUUCGGCAUCUUCGUGGUGAUCCACUGGUGCGCCAUGGCCUUCUGGGUGGUGCACGGGGGCACCGACUUCUGCAUGUCCAAAUGGGAGGAGGUGCUCUUCAACAUGGUGGUCGGCAUUGUCUACAUCUUCUGCUGGUUUAACGUGAAGGAGGGCCGGACGCGUUACAGGAUGGUGGCGUACUACACUGUGGUGCUGGCUGAGAACACCAUCCUCACUGGGCUGUGGUACGCCUACAGGGACCCAGUGUUGACCGACUCCUACGCUGUCCCGGCUCUGUGCGGCGUCUACCUGACAUUCGCCGGUGGCGUCCUCGUCAUGCUUCUCUACUACGGCUUCCUGCACCCUGCCACCACCCACCUCCAGCCAAGCCCGGCCUCGUCCUGCUGCGCCCAGCUCCUCUGGGGUCUCCCCCUACCCCCAUCAGCCCCACCAACUGCUCCACCGACCCCGGCCCACAUGACCAAGUCGCAGACGGAAGAGGAUGUGGCCGAGACGUGUCUUCCCGUCUUCCAGGUGAGAUCGGCGCCCCCCACCUCCAAACCAGAGGGCCCGCUCAUAAAGAUCGACAUGCCCAGGAAGCGUUACCCAGCAUGGGAUGCCCACUACGUAGACAGGCGCCUGCGGAGGACUAUAAACAUCCUGCAGUACAUAACGCCGGCCGCUGUGGGUAUCCGCUACCGUGACGGACCCCUGCUGUAUGAACUGUUGCAGUAUGAGUCCUCACUUUGACACACACACCAGAAAAAAGUGUACCAAUACAUUGAUGUUCAGACAUUCUCUCACACACAAUGUGGCACUUGAUGUAAGCACACAGACACAAAAGCAAUCUGUCACAAACACACACAGACACACGCACACAGUCACACACACACAGUCACAUACAAAUUCCUCGCGGGCACCUACGACCUGCGAGUCCCAUGGCCAUGACUCAACAAGCUGCUUCGAGCGCGAGUCCAUCUCCUUCUCUCUUUAUCCUCCUGUCUCUUUAUCUCCUACACCUCCGAUUAACUCUUCCCAUCGAUUUUUUUAUUUCCCACGUACCGCGCGCUCCGCCGUGAAGAAAAACAAACAAACAAAAAAAAGACGAGAAACGAGCGCCAAAGUUUCACACUGGAGUCUUUGACCACCGCAUGCCGUUUACGUUGCGUCGCUCACACUUUCACGGGUUUCAGUAGAAUUAAAAGACGUGACACAAAGAAAGAACAAAUGUCACUUUUAAUAAAAAGGAGUUCGUGAACAUGUUGUCGUUAGUCUAGUCAAAAGGUAGUGUAUAUAUUUUCUAUGUACAGAAGGGAUGUUUUUUUAUGUAUGUACUGUUACGUUGUUGACUGGAGACAGAGCAAUUGGGCACGUUGGUUCGUUGGGUUUGGUUGACAAGAUUACCGAGGAGAGUAGCAGAGCAUUAUUGGGAAAGAUGGAGAAGGAAGAUAAUGGCAUUUAAAGCGCACUCAAACAAAUUCAAAACAUCACUCGAAGUUCGAAGAAUAGUAGACAUUUUGGAAAAUGCACCCCUUCAUUGAGAUGAGAAAAUUGAUACCACACUCAUGUCUGCACUAAAUAAAAUGGAGCUGGAGCCAGGAGCUUAGCUUAGCACAACAAAGCUCAAAAAAAUAAAAGCACAUCAGUCCUUGUGCUAAUACUCUCCUGGCUGUUGCUUCAUACUUAACGGAGAGAUAAGAGCGGUGUCAUAUAACGCUCUGCUUUUCCAAAAUGUCAAUAUAUAUUCCCUGCUAAUGCUAACACUUUAGGAUAUACUUGGUUUGAACGAGGGUUAGCGAUAUUAGCUCAGAACAUGACAAGUUGUAGUAGCUCAAAAUAAGACCCAAAAACUAUAGCUGGUAAUGUAAAACUAUUUUGAACUAGUGAAACAUUGCCAGUCACUGUGUAGUGGAAGAAUUAGUGGUUUCCCGCCCAAAAAAUAUGAAAAUAAAACUAGCUACACUGGCUAAACUGGGCUAGAUAGCUGAGAUAUUAGCAUUAAGAUACACUGAGAUACGGUUUUAAACGUUAUGAAUUAACAGGAUAUACUAAAAGACAUUUUCAUUGCAGGGACGCCUGUUGUCACUUUCUCUCACUCAACAACUUGUAUGCUAACGUGUUAGCAUGUAGCUAGAGCUAAAGAUCUGCUGAGAACAGAUGAUUUUAACGUACACGAGUGAAUGUUGCUAAUCUCCCGCAAACGUAAAAGAAAGCCAUGAAACAUCAAAAACACUCUUUUAAAGGAGACCAGCUGUUGAGUCAAAGAAUCCAAAACAAAAUGGCACCCUCAUCUUACAGAUAAAUGUUCGUGGAAGAAGCGUUAGCGCCUGCUGAUGUUUUCAGUAUUACUAAUUAUAAAUUUCACCAUUAUACCACAAAGGAACAUAAGGCAGCACUGUUUUGUGAGUGUCUAUGCCAUGUGGGUAUCUAAGUUGUUCUCCAUCAUUUCCUGUUAUGCUACGAGGGGUCCUGGGACGUUACGUUUUCUUUAGGUAUUCCGUCCGUAUUGCAAAUUCUUGGUUGCGUCGGCCAGACAAUGAAAAAAAAAGUAGAUUUUCAACAGAAAGAGCAAAUGCAAGACUAAUUAUUUCUGAUCUAUCAAGUCUACCAUGAUGUCUUAAUCAUCUUGGUCCCACGCUAACAGGGUGCUACCACUGAAGCUCAUAUAAAACAAUUUUGGGCUUCAAUCGCCACAACCCUCUCGAUGACUUCUCCUGAAAAGCAUCCAAUAUCAACUCCUCCAAGGCCACCCACGGCUGAGCUGUGAUGUAUGGCUCAUAAUUUAUUUUUUUGUUUGUUUAUCCCUGUAAUCCAAGCUGUUACAUUGGCAGGCGACAACAAAUGAGCCGUGAUAUCAGUCAUCAGCCCGUCGACAGGAACGUUGCUCCUGAAAUCACACGAGUUAGUCACCCGAUGCUCCACACCUUUUCUCCAGUCCCAUGUCAGCGGUAGAGCAGGUGAAACCCAGCCAUGAGCCAUUUCAAAUGGUGCAGUUAGAAAAGAUGAACACAAACACGCAUGCUUCUUAUUAUUGCUGCUGGAAAGAGGAUCAAGCAAGUGAGGACAAAGAAAAAUAUUGCAUUUUAAAGUGUUAAAAGGGGUACUUCAACAUUUUUGGCAGCUUGUUCAGAUCUGUCUUUUAGUGAAGACCAUUGAAACUGAGGCUGAAAACAAGCUUGAUGCUGCAUUUUUUGUUUCCACCAAAUGUAAUCAUAUCUUGCUAGAAGAAUUCAGGUUCUUGAUAAGAAUUCAAGCACAUCAAGCAAAAAUGUCCCUUUUUCAGCUUCUCAACCAUGAGAAUUUAUUGUUUUCCUCUGUCUUUUAGACUUGUGACCCUUUAAAAGAGGAUUGUACUGAUUUAACAUUGCAAACUGAGACACUGACAAACAUUGUCGGACUCAAAACUCAGUUUAAAAAAAGAAAAGGAUCAAAAUCAAUUCCACAAAUUCCUCUAUUCCAAAAAUACUCUUCCUUUUCAAAAACUGGGACUUAUAAAGUAGCCUCAAUCUGCUGUCUUGAGAGACAAAUUAAUCUUUUAAAAGAAAGCAAAGUCUCUCAUCUCUCAGCACUGGUUAUGUCCUCUAGUUGAGAGCAGAACGAACAGAAAGUAAUGUUUUUGUCUUUGUUUUAUCCAAAUAAUCAAAGGAUAUCAAAUUAUUCAAUAAUUUACAAGAGAAGCAAGUAAACAUGAGGUUGAACUGAGCUUCCCUAGAGGUUGGGAAUAUUAUACUAUUAUAGAUUAAAUGAUUAAUCAGAAAAAAAUGGUCAAUACUUUAAUCAAUCAAGAAAAAAACAAUUUGUUAGAACCACAUAAUGUUUCAGCCAAAUGUGGCAGGUGAGAAAAAGAGACUUAAAGGUCCAGUGUGUAAAAUUUAG